AUGGCUACACCAAGCACUCCUCAGGCUCAACAGCCAGGUCCAUCUCGCAUCGUGACUGCAGUGCAGACAGGACUAUCGUACGAGAUCGGAGAUAUGAGUCCAACAUCUCAGGAAAACGCUGUAGAGGCGCUCUCUAAGAACAGAAUGUCUAUGGUCCGUUGUUUCGAGCGCGAUGACGACUUUCAUUUCGAACUCCAAGAGCGCAUUCUUGUCACUGUCUCUGAUGACGAAGCUCCAACUUGCUCAACUUGUCCUGACGACGAAGACCGUGCUUGUCGACACAUCUGGUGGGUCAAUGAUCAGAUCUUGAAAACCACGAUUUCUUCCGGAGACAGAUCUCGCUACCCAUUCAAGAUGUCUCGUGAUGGGCAGAAGGUUGGUCCGGCCAGAACUCAGCAACGUAUGCCAUUCUACGGGUGGCUACAGCGUGAAGGUCUUCAUAAUGUCGCUCAGCUCGGAGGUUGGUGGAAGCAAGACCCUUCGGAUCAGCACGACACCAGGCUGGUCGAGCAAACCACCACGCAAAUCUUGUCGACAUUUGAGCCUUCUGGUGUACUUUCCAGCCAACAUGGUCAAGACAACCUUCAAAUGUUGCAGCAGGAGUCCCAAGCACUCUUUACACGAUACAGAAAUGAAAUGAUCAAGCAGGUUAAGUCGCAGCCGUUCCUGCUUGUCGCUCUGGGGGCAGCCGUGCCUGAAGCAGAGCGAGACCUUUUGCAUCUUACAAAGAUCCACAGCCGCAUUGAGCGCAUCUUCUUCGACUAUGGAUACUGGAUGACAACUCGUACUCCUGACCACAGCAGCCUUGAUGCCACCGCAGAAGCCCUGCACAAUGAGACUGCCUACUUGCACUCUUUUGUCAGAGAACACCAGAUCAAGGCUCGAGCUCUGCAGGAGGAAAUGCCCGAGAUCUUUCAGAUCAAGAUCAUUGGAAUACUGCUGUAUACUCUGGAGCAACUGAAACGAUACUCAGGAGACAGUCAAACUAGUGCCGUUGUACCAAUUCCACAGUACUCUGGUCUGAGUCUACAGGACAGGAGUUUGCUUCACAAGUUGAUCGAUCCUCGAUCUCAGAAUGUCUUUGUGUUGCCUAUUCUCGAUGGGCUCGACGAAGAUAUUCGUUGCCGGGAGACGGUUCAGGUAAUGGUCAGGGCUCUGGCAAACAUACUGAGAGGGGGGAAUGAGCCAUGCCCAGAGGAUUAUAUCUUGUCGUUGGAAAGGCUUGUUGGUCUCGCUGGGUAA